AUGGCCAACAUGUCCCCUCUUCGAGGUUAUAUCACAUCCUACCCCCCACGAGUGCGUCAAUAUGCGAACGCGCUCUUCACGCCCGUCAUUCCCCAGACCCAAGUUGGACCGACACCGCGUACCACGAAACGGGGAACCACGGCCAUCAAUUAUGCGGAAGAUGGCUACGACGAUGAAGACUUUGAUGAUAGUGAAGGACCCCGGCGCCCUACGGGUCUAAGGAGUCUUCGACGAGAGGAACCCUCGUUUGACAAGGCGGCGCUGGCAGAAAAAUUAGGGAAAGAGGCGCACGCCCCUGUAGAGGUUCAAGGUAUAUUUCGAGACUGGAUGAUCAAGAAGAUGUUGCGGCCCGCGUGUGCCGACCAAUUGCAGAUACAAGCGCAACUUCCUCUGACCCUUAUACCCAUUCGAAUUGACCUCGAGGUCCCGGCGCAUCAGCCUCAUGAGCCCUUCCAGCUACCCCGGAAUGUCCUUGACCCAGCGAUCAACCCAACAUUGCCUGCGUACAGGAAACCAGACGCAUUGCCCGCUUUUCGAAUCAAGGACACGUUUAUGUGGAAUCUUCACGAGGCGUUUGCGACUCCUGAAGAGUUCGCUUUCGGAUUCGUUCACGAUCUGGACCUUCCCAACCAACAGGCGAUGACAUUGGCGAUCGCUACGCAAAUCCGCCAGCAAUUAGAGGAAUAUGCCGGCGUCGCACUACACCCAUUGUUUCAAAGCACACAGCCAAAACCUGCUGCCUCACAAGCAGGCCUGUCGCGUGAUGCAUCCUCCACUCCUAUCCCUACGCAGGUUGCCACCCCGGACAGCAAAGCCAAUCUAGUGACAGCAACAAAGGAACCACUUGUGAACGACAGCAUUUUGAACCCAGAUGAUGCUUAUAGAUGCAUGAUUAAUCUGAAUAUAAACCUCCAGAACAAGCUGUAUACGGACAAGUUUGAAUGGUCACUUCUACAUCCUCCUGGGAUGGCCGAGGAGUUCGCAAGGAUUACGUGCGCGGACCUUGGCCUAGGCGGGGAGUGGGUUGGAGCUAUCGCACAUGGGAUCUAUGAAGCAGUUUUAAAACUGAAAAAGGAAGUCUGCGAAAGUGGUGGACUCAUUAGUGGUAUAGGAAGCUACAGAAAUGAGAUCGAUAACCAAGCUGCGAACGGUGCUGAGGCGGGCUGGCGAUAUGAUCCUGAAGGUCUCGGAGAUGAGUGGGAACCGAAGGUUGAAACGCUGUCAAAGGAAGAAAUCGAAAAGCGCGAGGGAGAUCGUGAGCGGCAGAUUCGACGAUUACGUCGCGAAACUGCCCGAUUCUCUUCAACGACGGGUAUUACACCAGAGGUCUCACGACAAGGAAGCGGCUUCUUUGAUGUUGAUAGUGAGACACCCCUGGGGCGUGGCGAGAGGAAUAAGCGGAAGAGACGUUUCCGCAGUCUCAGUCCGUUAGGAAGGGGAGGCACCCCCGGUGGACGAGGGACGCCGGACACUGGGUCGGGCGCUGGUUAUGGUGGAGGCGGUGGUACUCUAUCUGACUGGGAACGACAACAUUGGCGAUGCAACAAUUGCAUGGUAUGGGGUUCAGCAGUAUGGGCUGUACGAGACGGGCCGGGCGGGCCAAGGACACUUUGUCAUAACUGUGGUCUCCUAUACGAGCGAGACAAGGUUGUCCCCGAGUGGUCGAGGAAUCUACACCGUCACGACUUGCCGAUAACAGGACGGGUAUAA